AUGUGGUACCAUUCUAGGUUCGAAUACCUAGCACUGCUAGGAUCCUUGAUCCUAGUCUUUCUAGAAACUGUCAUUCACCUUAUUACGUUCUGUCUUCGUGAGUUGCUUCAUAUCUUUCUUAUCAAGUACGCGUCGCUGACCAACUCGCGAUUAGCAUCACCAAUCAUUCGGUUCUGUUACGAUCAAUCGAAGAAAAUAUUCAAUCUGGUUAUUCCUGAAGCACGGGAUAAACGUACGAAGGAAGAAAUACUCGCCGCUUCAAUCGCCGAGGCAUCAGACUUUACCGAGAUCUGCUCGCUGUUUGGAUACGAGGCGGAGGAGCACAUUGUACAGACUCGCGAUGGAUACCUGCUUGGAUUACACCGAUUGGCCUAUCGAAAAGGAGAAGAAGAUAUGCGCGUCAAUCAGGGUCCCAGUUCAAUCACCAAGAAAGUUGUCUAUCUUCACCAUGGCCUUCUCAUGUCUAGUGAGGUGUGGGUUGCCUUGACUGACGAGCAGCGUUGUCUUCCCUUCCAGCUGGUUGAAAAGGGGUAUGACGUUUGGCUGGGCAACAACCGGGGCAACAAGUAUGCGAAGAAAUCAGUCCGGUUUUCCCCUGGCUCAAACGAAUUCUGGGACUUCUCUAUCGACCAAUUCGCCUUCCACGAUAUCCCAAAUAGCAUCGAGUACAUUCUGGAUGUGACGAGUCAACCAUCCUUAUCAUACAUUGGUUUCUCACAGGGAACGGCUCAAGCUUUUGCUACCUUAUCGAUUCACCCCCUAUUGAACCAAAAGGUCGAUGUGUUCGUGGCCCUGGCUCCGGCCAUGGCACCAUCGGGUCUUCGCAACCGCAUUGUCGACUCACUCAUGAAGGCUUCUCCAAAUUUUUUAUUCUUACUCUUUGGCAGAAGAAGUAUUCUCUCCUCUACGACUAUGUGGCAGACAAUAUUGUACCCGCCGAUCUAUGUUCGCAUUAUCGACUCGGCCUUAUCACUUCUGUUCAACUGGCAGUGUCGCAAUAUUACUCAUACCCAAAAACUUGCCGCCUACCUCCACCUUUACUCCUUCACCAGUACCAAGUCAGUAGUUCACUGGUUCCAGAUUAUUCGCAACAAGAAUUUCCAAUUCUAUGACGACGAACUCCAGACUCCUUUCAGCCUUGUUGCCAGCGAGCGUUUCUACAAACCUGUCAAGUACCCGACUCGCAAUAUCAAAACACCUAUCGUUCUACUCUAUGGCGAUAGCGACAGUCUCGUCGAUAUCAAUGUCAUGCUUCAGGGAUUACCACGCGGCACUGUAGCCAAACCCAUUCAUACAUACGAACAUCUGGACUUCUUAUGGGCAGCCGACGUGGACAAACAGGUCUUCCACCAUGUUUUCGAUGCUCUUGAAACCCACAGCCCAAAAGGGGUGAAUGGGAUCAGCGUGGCCAAUGGCGUUAACGAAGUCAAUGGAAUCGAUAUAUCCGCUUCAAGUCAUUCACGACUGGACCGACCUCCCAUUACAAGUCACACUUCGAACAGCUCUCAUCCGAGACAUCAUGUUCAUAUUCCCAGUGAUACCGUUCAUAACGCUGCGCCAUAG